ACAUAUAAAUCGCGUGCGUGCCCGCUUCAAGGUUCCUUUUAGAUUGUCCAACCAACCUGCAAUUUCAGAAUUAGGGUUUUCUUUCUUUUUCCCCUCCUGGGUUUCGUCCCGACCCUGCUUCAAGGUUCCCUUUCUCGGAUUGAUCCUUCGCCAAAAUGGGAGGAGGCAACGGCCAGAAGGCGAAGACGGCUCGCGAGAGGAACUUGGCGAAAGCGGGCUCCUCCAAAGGAAGCCAGUUAGAUUCGAACAAGAAAGCUAUGAGUAUUCAGUGCAAGGUUUGUAUGCAGACGUUCAUGUGCACAACAACAGAAGUGAAGUGCAGGGAGCAUGCGGAAGCCAAGCACCCUAAAUCGGAUGUUUAUGCUUGCUUCCCUCAUCUCAAACCCUGAGAUAAAGAGACAUUGGAUUUGACGAGCUGGAGAUGGUGGAUCCAUGUUUGUUUCUGAGAUAAAAUCUGUCUGAGUUCAUCUGUUUUGUGUGUUUGGUAGCAUGGGACCUAACUUUCGCUCCCAUUGUCUCGUUGUUGUAAUCAAACUUCAAACUCUCAGUUUGACAUGUUCAAAGUCUUAUGCGUUAUUGGUUCUGAGCUUGUUCUCUUUUCUUCACGAGUCCUCAAAGAGUUGAAACUGGAAAGGCAGAGGGUUACACUGAUAAGGGGAUCACUUCUCUUGCACUUGAGCUUCAUCUCUAUGUUUUAUGACGACCCGCUAGUAUGUAGGAGGCCUUAUCGAUUGCAAAAGCUAAAGCUCGGCCGAAUAGUUCGUGAAGGAUGGAAAAUGUUCUCUCGUUAUAUAAUACAGGAACGGUCUUUCUGGAGCUGCUCAAGAAGGGCUCCUGGAAAAAGUUGGACAUGGGUGCUCAUUGUGUCUUGCGGUGGUUAAUGGCUAUUUUCAUGUCUAUAUGCCGCAGAUGUUUACCAGAUCACAACUAUUUUAAGCAAGAGGUCGUCUAACUAAUGGCAGAGGCAAAUCGUCUUGGUCUAUGUUCAUAUGGACUUGUCUCCUUGUCCCUUUUCGUGUUGGAUUAUUGUUUGGCAUGAUGCAUUUCCUAGUUAUAUAGGAUUUAAAAGAUAGCUGGUGAUCGCAGGAUAUGCCAGUUGACCUUUUUAAGUUUUAGGUCUUGUUACACCUUGUUUACUCUGAUUCUCCGACUAUGAUGCUACGCUAGAUUUGAAACUAGACUCUAUAGUGAAGUUUGUGCUUCAAUGUUUGGCAUUACUAUCAGGUUUCUGCUGCUCUAUACCACUGUUAAGAGUGUGCUUCACACAUCAUCUGUGUUUUGCAAGACUAGUUCUACGGAUGUUUAAGUUUUGGAUCACAGUUGUUUCUUGUAUCCCGCAAAUGUUUUGUUCUAUCCUGUAUACUUUCCAACAUUCUGGUACUAAUCUUGACUUGUUAUGUUGAUGAGUACCAAAGAAGAGUUUUUUCAAUAACAUUCCUAGUUACGGCCACAUGUUGAAUUGAAGUCUUUCUUUCCUUUUUCCCCUGGCCUUUGCAGAAGGAGAUAGCUUUGUGCCUUUGUAUACAGCUUCAGAAAUCAAUGCUGAAUUCUCCUGGUUUAACAUUGAUCCUCUCUUCAAGGAAACUAUUAAAGGUCCUCAUGGCUUGAUAGUUGAUAACAACAACAACAACAAAAAAAAAGUUUCGUACUGGGUUGAUAGGUUACUUGUUCUUUAGAUUUAAUGGUCCUUUUUUAUGGUUUCCAGCUAUAGGAUACUAUACUCAACUUCAUGGCAUUCAUACUCUUCAAAAAAAAAAAAAAAAAAAAAAUUCACUGAUCACUGGAAUAUGCAAUUGACUUUGCAGCUAUACUGGUGCAAAAGAUUUGCAUCCAGAGAAUGUUCGCGAAAAGGUUUACAGACAGCCACCUUUGCUUGAGCGUCUAAAGAGUGGUAAGCCUAAGGAUUUUGCUAUUACAAAACACAAGGCAAAUAAAUCUUCUUGCAGUGCUGAUUCAGUUGGCAGGAAGAUUCAAUAUGAACGUCCUGGCUUUCUUCCAAAUAGGGGUCGGAUGAGUUAUCUAGUAAAACUGCUUAGCAGUUCAUUUUGUUCCAAGUACCUCAUCCAGCUGCUCACGGUAAACUUUGGACACCUCUGCUACUUAGGGCUGCCUGCAAUGCCAUUGUUAGGUGGUUAUUCAUUGCAUGUUGGUGGAUUUCAGUGAGGCAGCUUCCUAUAGUUGACAUCUUAUACAACUGUAUAGUUCUUGAUCUUUUACUUGUCACCAUUCAGUUUCCUCGUUCUGUUAUUAAAAAGGUCUAUCUGUUGUCUCAGUCAGCAUCAGAUUGCUGGGCUGGCGGUUGCCCAAGUUGCACAAAAGGUGUCAAGAGCAUGGCGUUCCUUACAAGCAGAAUGGAAACAUUCAAUUGAAAGCUCAUCCAAGAAUGGCGAGAGAUCGAGUAGAAGAAUGAAUGUGGCCAGUCAGAAUAGAGGCAGUGCUGUUCGUAUAGCAGUACAGAGGACGGGCCAUCUGUCCGUUACAUGUUAUCGUGGAAUGAUCUUUAUUCCUUGGCUGUUCAGUGGAGACAGAUUUCUGAACCCUGUGAUCCAGUUGUGUAUAGAGGCAAAAUUUGUUUAAUGUUUCGACCAUUGACGCAUAGUAGUGACUGCCCUUUUUUCGGUGAUAGAUUAUGGUUUGCAGAAACAUGUUCUUGAUAUUUACAGAGCAGUUGGUGGACACUUCUGGCUGGCUGGCUACAUGGUGCAACAUCACUGCAUUUGAGGGGUAAUUUCCUUCACUUUGCAAUGCAGAAAUCAAGAUUCCAGCACUUUGUUACAGCCACUCUUUCCUCAUAGGGUAAUUGGGACAGCCGAGGACUCCAAGCACUAAGGCUCGUAUCGUCGUACCUCUGUGACUUUCAGGGCAAGCAACCAACACUCUCUGUUACUUGGAAGGAAAGCCAUUUCUCCAAAGGAUAAAUCUCAGUUAGUCUUUAGCAAGUGAAACACACCUUAUAAUCACUCAGUCUCCUAGGCAUGGCGCAGCAAAGAUACCAUCAUUGUUUGUUUAAGCCUGGUUCUCUUACGUUAGCAUCACAUCAUCACCACGUUAGCCAAGGCAGUGAAGAAGAUCAGAAAUAAAAACACGAAAAAUAGCAGAAAAUUAUAGCUGCUGAAGAAGCGCUGCAGUUCUCGUUUCUAGAUAAAGGUUCCAGGAGCAGGCCCAUGUUUUGAGUAAACUGGGCCCAUAGAGGCCAACUGACUUUAGCGAAUCGAAGACAGGAGGAAAGGUAGCUUCUCCACCAUAUACCACAUCACUUUGGCGAAGUCGCCGGGCUAUAUAUUACUGGAACGGGAACUUACAUAACACGACCUUACUUGGCGAAGUCGCUGUACAAUUUUAUGCCCCUAUCUACAGGGUCUGCUGCUGCAGGAUUCAUUGUUUGCUGGGGUUACUUCUUGUUGCAAAUAUGGAGUUCACAGGACAGAUUCUCAAGGGUUUGCAGGUGAAUUGGGAAGCCAUUCUCAAUUAUGAUCCGAACUCCUCCUGUGGAUUUAGUCCGGAGUUGGUUGGUAUCCGUUUCUCAAGAUCACAACAUCCGUCGACAGAUUAUUGUAAGAAAUAUGAAUAUUAGGG